GGGUAUUUAGGAAAUGGGUUGUAAAGGACAUCUAUCAUCUGAACAAAACAGACUUGGCAAGAAAACAUGAAAUAAAAAAUAUGGGGCGUUGGAUUCUACGCUGGGAUCUUUGGGACGAAAAGUUCAAAUCUGGAAAACAUAAUCGAACAGAUUACUUGAUGUAUUCAAGAUGGCGAUUUUUAUACGAACCUCCUAUUUCAAACAUUAUCGAUUUUUUCAAAAAUUUGUAA